AUGGGUAGCAAGACUAGUAAAAUAACUUCACAAGAUCAAGCUAUACUCGAUUUAAAAAUUCAACGAGACAAGCUGAAACAGUAUCAAAAAAAACUUCAAGUCAUUUCCGACAAAGAAACGGAAAUAGCAAAAAAAGCCCUGCAUAAUGGGAAUAAACGUGGAGCCCUUUUGGCAUUAAAAAAGAAAAGAUAUCAGGAACAAUUACUAAAAAAAACCGAUACACAGUUAUUGAAUCUCGAGGAAUUGACUCAAACAAUAGAAUUCGCGUUGGUUGAAAAGGAUGUGUUAAGCGGUCUGGAACUAGGAAACAAUAUUUUAAAUGAAAUUCAUAAAGAAAUGUCAAUUGAAAAAGUGGAGAAGUUGAUGGAAGAUACUGCAGAUGCUAUUGCCUACCAAAAUCUUGAACUAGAAUUUCCUAAAAUUCCUACAACUCCACUUCAUAUUGCAGACGUAGAAAAUGAAGUACAAUCUACAUCAAAACAAAAAGUUAAAUCAGAAACUGUACAGAAAGAGAAUAAAAAAUUGGAAGUUACUUUACUUCAAACCUUCUUUCCAAUUCAUCCAUAUUUG